AUGUUGAUGAAAAAUAAUCUAAUACUUCUACUGUGUAGUUUAUUCACAUUCUGCACUUUCAUAUUCGUUAUUAUCGCUACUGCCGGUUCCAGUUCCGAUUAUAAACCAAUAACAAACAUUUACCUAGGUGUUGCUGAUAUUUCCAAGAUUAAUGUCACUAAAGUCGUUCCACAAGUCGGUGGGAUCUUGACUAUCUUGGGAUCUGCUUUAACUGCCCCAAAUUCCACUCUAGAUGAUAUUUUUGGCGCUUUGAAACAAAUUUCUGAAACUCCUGCAUUGGCCCCAUUAUUGAACUUGAUGUCUAAUGCUCAAAACUCUACCGCUACCGUGGAUUCCAUUAUUUCAUUAUCUCCAUUGGCGCUAACUAGUACUAAUUCUACCAACGAGGAAAUGGAUGAAAUUAACUCAUUAUUAGCUGGUUCCAAGAACGUCACUGAAACAAUCGCUGGUUUCGGUACUUUAAUGGAUUCCAUGCUAGGUUCUAACUCUACUUCCAAUUCUUCCAGUAUGGCUGAUUUACAAAAUACCGUUUUCUCCUUAUUAGCUGAUUCGACAAACGCCACUGGUACCACUGAAGCUUUAAUCACUUUGAAUAACAUGACUAUGGCAGAAAAGGCUCAAUUGCUCCCAGCAUUCGGUUUAUUCUCCAGUUCCAAUAACAUUACUAUGACUUUUGCCUCAUUAGUCGAUUUAAUGAACGCUACCAUUCCAGCUUCUUUGGAAAGUACUUUAUUCCAACAGAUUGAAAAAGCCAUUGAUUCCAAUGAGGAUUUGAACACUGUCUUCACCGGUUUGCAAUCUUUGGUCCCAUCUCCAUACCAAUCAAGUUUGACCGCCGUUGCCAACUUAUUCAAUGCAUCCACUUCAGCAAACACUACUUACCAAUCCUUGACGGAAAUGAUCGCUGAUAAUAUUACUACUUCCGCGUCUGCUAAAGUUGCUCUAACUUCAUUGUCAACCAUUGUCGGUUAUUCUCAAAACAAGACCGUUGUUCUUUCCUCAGUGGAAAGUUUGGCUACUGCCGCUGAUGCAAGUUCCGCCACUGCUCAAUUAGUCUCUUUGGAUACUAUCUUAUCCGCUAGUGAAAACAGUACUGAAACAGUUGAAACUAUUGCCAAGUUGAACGCCGGUUUACCAUCCAAUAUGGACACUGUUCAAUACAUCCCAUACUUGUUCACUCUAUUAAAUGCCUCCAAAGACCCAGCUGUCACUUUCAGCUCCCUAUUGAACAUUACCGCUUGGGCAAAGACUAACGCAGCUACUUUCUUACCUUUGAUCAAAAUCUUAAAGAAUGCAGCCAGUGUCACUGAAAUUACAGACGGUCAAUUACGUGAUUUGACUCCAUCCCUAUUGGAAUACUUGCAUGUCCCAGUCAAGUUCCGUCUAGGUAUCUUCAGAUUAUGUCAUGCCAAUUUGGAAAAUGAAAUUAUGUCCUGUACUCCUCGUACCACUGUGCAAAACUUGGACUUUAGACAAAUCAUCUACGAUGCCAUUGAACAAUCUGACUUCAAACCAUACAUGGAUGCCCUAAAGAUCGGACCAAACGACUUAAUGUUGGAUGGUUCCUUACAAGACAAGGAACACAUGUACGUUCCAGCAGUGAAGGCCUCCCUAGCCAUGUUCCUACUGGCCAUCAUUGGUUCCUUCUUCCUUUUGUGCUUGCUUCUAUGGGUUUGUUUCAAGAAUGUCCUCGUCUUGAAGAUCUGGUUACUUGUUGUUUUCUUAUCCAUGUGGGUGGCUCUAUUCAGUGGGCUAGGUUCCUCCAUCUUCAGUGGUAUGGUUGGUGUCAUUAAGUCUGGUACUAAGAAGGAUAAUUACGGUGUUACUUGUGCUGCAGGUAGUGCAUUCUACGGGUUGAUGUGGACCGGGUUCACCUUAGCCUUCAUCACUAUGUUGAUCUUGAUGUGGCAAGCCUGGAACGUUAGAAAGAGUGUUGGUGUUGUCAUUAACGAAGAAGAAGCUGCCGAACAUGGUGAAGUGGAAAUGGUUGGUGGUGAUAGUGGCAGUGUUUCAUCCAAGGUCAGUGAACAAAAAGUGUUCGGUGGCGUUGAAAAGAUCUCUGACAAAGAAUAA